GACACUGACCCAACACAUCAACAAUAAUGGCGGUCCAUUUUUUUUUUUCCGGAUAAGCCAAGUAAAUAAUUUGUAGCUUUGUUAUGAUAUAAAACGGAGGGGAGGGGGACGACUGUGUUUUUUUUAUUUGGAUGCGCAGGAAGGAGAAGGAGAUAUGAAUGCAACUCAACAUGUAACUCGGAUGUAAUAACGCAGUUGGUGUCUUGUAUCAUUCAGCUUGGUCAAUGAGUCACUGGGCUCGUUGACAUAAGAAGAUUACUUUCAGUCUUGUCGAGGAACAAUUAUGUCGAUAUGCGGACUCUGUCUUAUGAUGGUAGUGGCCAGGGCGGGCGCCGUCGCCUACGAUUGGCACCCGCCAUUAAGCAUUUGCGCUAACCCUUCGAGCUUCGACAGGACGACAGGCAUUGGUCCCAGCUUUCCACGCCUGCCAGACCAGUACAGCAUGAAGGUCGAGGCCAACAUACUGCAGAAGCGGUGGACGACGGAAGUGGAAGAGCACUACGACAAGGUCAACCAGAGAGCGUCUCGGAAAAUGACCUUCAACGGCCAGACAACCUUGACUAUAUUUGACCUUCGGAAUGGCAUAAGAUUCACAGUCCUGCAAAACGGUUCCUGUACUACAGAGUCCACCAAGAAUGACACCAGCUCAUCAAGGCUGGACAUGGUCAGCCGACUGGCGAUCGACAUGUUCAACGAUGACCUACGCGUGGGCAGCUCGCUGACGAGGAUAUACGUGGGGUCGGAGUUUGUCCGUGGCAUCCCGGUCAACCACUGGACCGAGUGCGAGACAUGGCCGGACCUGCAAGCCCAGUUUCAAGUGGACUACUACUUCUCGGACCCGGACUACAACACGGCCAGUGGCGAUUCGCAGAUUCCUGUGCGUGUGGUGUUGAACGGGUCAGCCCACAACGUGGACAGCACCCACAAGUCGUUGCCAGGCCUGCACACGUUCUACCACAUCUACGACUUUACGGCUUUCAGAGCAGGCCCGGCCCAAGACGCAAACGUCUUCAGGAUCCCUCUUGGUGUGAUAUGUUACAACAGGGGCGACAGAAAGCCACUGCCGGCAUUGCCGGACUACUUCGAGGUGGACGUCGAGGUUAUAAUCGCAGGGUCGGUGCCUCAUCCUGCGCAGGAGAAGAUCACUUAUGACAAAGAGCACCAAAUUGUCGAGACCAAGAGGAGUUGGCUCUACCCGCUACACCAGCAGGGCGACAACACCACUGCAUUCACCUCGUACUCCGUCACCACAGUGGAAGACUUUGGCACCACGAUUGUCUUCGUCAACAACGAGGAAAAUGGAAGCUGCAAGGCACACAUGAUGGACACGAUUAUAACCACCAAAAUGUCUCAUAGUUUCAACUUGUUAUUCGCAUCAAACUAUUUAUAUCCAAUGGCAUAUCAGGGCAAGAAAGAAGUGAGAGGUCUUUUAGUGGAUGCCUGGGGGAGACAUUACCAAAGUAUCGCCACUGAGAUGUACUUCCUAGCCAGCGAGUCAGAUGUGUUGAAUCGCCAAGAGCAAGGCACCAGCGCCUGGGUCGCUCCAGUGGGCAUGCUCUUGAGGAACGGCCCCGGCGCGAACGCGAGUGAGCUCCCCAUGAUCUGGGAGGAGAUCCUGUCCCUGGAAGGGGAGAGCAAGACGGGAAACCACGAUGCCCAGCAGCCUCAGGCGAGGCCGGCAGACGAUCAAAUUGUCUGGGGGCUUCAAACGUUUGACUCAAGACUCGGGGAGAAGCUCGUCCAUUUCACUCACUUCAAGCCCGGGUUCAAUGCAGGCCGGAACUACGACGUAGGAAGCUGCUUCUCAUCCCAAGAGAAAGCCUUUAUUUUCAUCACCGUCAAUGCCAGCGAAUAUGACUUGUACGAAAACAGGUCUCACGAUGAGGACACCACGACAACCCCAAUACCCUUAAUCAAAAAUGCCUUAGUAAAAUACACCAAAAUCCCUUAUAUACAGUUUAGAUAUAUGGACUUUUUUGAUUAUUUUGAAAACACCUCUUCGUACUUCCUCUUUGGUCUUUUAGGAGAAAUACCGGACGUUCGCUUAGCCAGAAAAUUGCUACCUUUGAAAGAAAUACAAGAAAGACUGCAAAAACAUGUUCAACAGGGCAUCUACUUCUACAAGCAACACGAGGACGGGUCUAAAACCUACGCCAUAGGCACUGCGAAGGCCAUCAUGGACUUGUCAGCGAAAUCCCUCCUGCCAGAAGAUAAAAAAAGUCUCUCCCCGAAGCCCGUCAAUCCGGCCACGUACUCUCCGCAGGCUGUCGCUGGCAUCUCCAUGGCCAUGCUGGUCUUGGGGGCGUGUAUAUGUCUUCUGAUCGUCUUCAUCUUGUACAGGCGACGCCAUCCAGGGCAAGCCUUCAUGUUCUCUAAGAUGACUGACUAAAUAACAGCUUUAUCACGUAGUUCUUUGCAAGAAAUAAUACACAUAUGACUAGAAUAGACUAAAGUAGAACACAUAUCGACCUUUUACUUGUAAAUGUCUUAAGCAGUGGUGUCCUAAGUUAUUAUUAUAGACGACGGUGGUCUAAAAAGAUGUCCACCCUCUAAAAAGAUUUGGGCUUUACAAUGAAAUGAUUAGUUUAAUUCGUUAUUUCUCUACAUAAUCUCCUAGUAGACCUAUGCCCUCCCCCAAGCAUUGCUCUCACCAUGUCCCCAUCAAGUAGUUGUUGACAACAGUGAUAGGAGAAGUACACACAGGUUAAAGGAAAUCAGUUACAGAAACAAAAUUACAUAAAUUACAUAACAAUAUAUAUAACUUACUACAGGGGUUGGGGGAUUCUAUCAUUCUACAAAUAAGAAUUGACAAGAACUUUAUGUCCCGGAGAUAAUAAUUUGAUGUAGAAAGCACUACGCCAGCGAAAAACAAAUCCAUUCAACUCACAUAAUCUGGCUGGUCAACCAAAAGCAUGCCCAUUUAAAACACAAACCCCUUCCCCCAAUACCCCGAAGGGAACUUGCUGUUGCUGAAUGGGGCACCAAAGAUCUCCGGGGAUAAUAGUGUGGGCAGAAUGAUAAUAUAGUAUUAUUAAUGUCUGUCCGUUAACCGUUUACCCAGCCAUCUUUGGUUUGUGAGGGACAUAGCCACUGGGCAGUUAAAGAUUAAAGGAUCUUACCCUA